GUCUCCUUCCCCCCCAACUCUCUUCACUUCUCUGUAAAUUUUUCUCCGUUAUCUUCAAAACCUCUCUUCGCUAAUGCAACCAAAAUUACCAUAAUGACCCUCUCCAUUUCCAUCCCCUCCCCUCUCUCCGCCCCAAUCCUCAAGCUAAACCCUAAACCCCACCACCUCUCCUCCUUCCGAUUCCUCUCCGGCCACCGCAAGUUCCUCCACGGCCAGCGGUUAUCGGUCUCCGUCAGGGCGAAGCCGAAGGACCUCAUCCUCGGGAACCCCUCCGUCACCGUCGAGAAGGGCAAGUACAGCUACGACGUCGAAACCCUAAUCAACAAGCUCAGCAGCCUCCCGCCACGUGGCAGCAUCGCGCGGUGCCUGGACAUCUUCAAGAACAAGCUCUCCCUGAACGACUUCGCCCUGGUGUUCAAGGAGUUCGCGGCGCGUGGCGAUUGGCAGAGGUCGCUGCGGCUGUUCAAGUAUAUGCAGCGGCAGAUAUGGUGCAAGCCGAGCGAGCACAUCUACACCAUCAUGAUCAGCCUGCUCGGCCGCGAAGGUUUACUUGACAAAUGCGCUGAGAUUUUCGACGAAAUGCCUAGCCAAGGUGUGAUUAGGACUGUGUUUAGCUACACUGCUUUGAUUAAUGCCUAUGGCCGGAAUGGUCAGUAUGAAAUGUCUCUUCAAUUACUUGAUAGAAUGAAGAAAGAUAGGGUUUCGCCGAAUAUAUUGACUUAUAAUACUGUGCUUAAUGCUUGUGCUAGAGGGGGGUUGGAUUGGGAGGGGUUGUUAGGAUUGUUUGCGGAAAUGAGGCACGAGGGGGUUCAGCCGGACCUUGUUACUUAUAAUACAUUGCUUAGUGCUUGCGCCGGGAGAGGUUUAGGUGAUGAGGCGGAGAUGGUGUUUAGGACUAUGAAUGAGGGUGGGAUAGUUCCGGAUAUAACCACGUAUAGUUAUCUUGUUGAGACUUUUGGUAAAUUGGAUAAGCUUGAGAAGGUUUCCGAGUUGCUUAAAGGGAUGGAGUCUGGGGGGAAUUUGCCUGAUAUUACGUCGUAUAAUGUGUUGUUGGAGGCGUAUGCGCAGUUGGGGUCGAUUAAGGAGGCUAUGGGUGUGUUCAGGCAGAUGCAAGCGGCGGGGUGUAUGCCGAAUGCAGCUACUUAUAGUAUUUUGUUGAAUUUGUAUGGGAGGCAUGGGAGGUAUGAUGAUGUUCGGGAGCUUUUUCUUGAGAUGAAAGUGAGCAAUACGGAGCCAGAUGCUGCUACGUAUAAUAUUCUCAUACAGGUGUUUGGUGAGGGUGGGUAUUUUAGGGAGGUGGUGACUUUGUUUCAUGAUAUGGUAGAGGAGAAUAUUGAGCCGAAUAUGGAGACGUAUGAAGGAUUGAUAUAUGCUUGUGGAAAAGGAGGGCUCCAUGAGGAUGCCAAGAACAUAUUGCUUCACAUGAAUGAGAAGGGAAUAGUGCCUAGUUCCAAGGCUUAUACAGGAGUUAUUGAAGCAUAUGGGCAAGCAGCACUGUAUGAUGAAGCUCUUGUUGCCUUCAACACAAUGCAUGAAGUGGGCAGCAGACCGUCAGUUGAAAGCUACAACUCGCUUAUUCAUGCAUACGCAAGAGGCGGACUAUACAAGGAGACUGAACAAAUCUUGUCGAUAAUGGGUGAGGUUGGCAUUGCAAGGAAUGCCAGUUCAUUCAAUGGAAUGAUUGAAGCUUUUAGGCAGGGGGGUCAGUUUGAAGAAGCUAUAAAGACGUACGUUGAGAUGGAAAAGAGAAGAUGUGAUCCCGAUGAGUGCACUCUUGAAGCAGUCUUAAGCGUUUACAGUGUUGCAGGUCUUGUUAAUGAGUGUGAGGAGCACUUUGAAGAGAUUAAAGCUUCAGGGAUAUUGCCCAGCGUCAUGUGCUACUGCAUGAUGCUUGCUGUUUAUGCAAAGACUGACAGGUGGGAUGAUGCCAAUAAGUUGCUGAAUGAGAUGCUCACAAAUAGGGUAUCAAAUAUUCAUCAAGUGAUGGGACAGAUGAUAAAGGGAGAUUAUGAUGACGAAUCUAACUGGCAGAUGGUAGAGUAUGUUUUUGACAAACUAAAAUCUGAAGGAUGUGGGCUCGGAAUGAGGUUCUACAACACUUUGAUAGAAGCACUUUGGUGGCUGGGUCAGAAACAAAGAGCUGUGCGCGUUCUUAGUGAAGCAACUCAACGGGGGUUAUUUCCUGAACUUCUCCGUAAAAAUAAACUUGUUUGGUCUAUAGAUGUGCACAGGAUGUGGGAAGGUGGUGCGUAUGCAGCAAUGUCACUUUGGCUAAACAAUAUGUAUGAGAUAUUCCUGAAUGGCGAGGAUCUUCCCUAUGUUGCAACUGUUGUUGUAGUACGGGGGAAGAUGGAAAAAAAUUCAGCAACACAAGAUCUGCCGGUUGCAAAGGCCGCCUAUUCAUUCCUGCAGGAUAACAUGUCAGGAGCAUUCAGUUUCCCAAAAUGGAACAAUGGUCGGAUUCUCUGCCAAAGGUCUCAGCUUAAGAAGAUUCUGUCGAGCAUUGAACCAUCGACAGAUGGCUCCAGCAGUAAAAGUAUAUGUACUUUAAGUAACUCCCCUUUUCCUCCUCCAGGCACAAAAACAUCACCCACCGAUGUUGAUAGUGUUCUGUAUAAUGGUACCACUUCUGAUGCAACAAUUAGGACAAGAACAGAGCUUUUGACAAGCACAGUUUAAAUAGAAUAGUAUACUCAUCAGUUACCAAGGUUUUGGGAAAUUUACUUUUCCCCAUUUUCACUAGAAUGAUUGCCGGGCCCUCAGCCAGCUGAAGUUUUAGCACGGCAAGAUGGCAGCAUUGACCAAACUGCGAAUACUAUCCGCCAAGGUAAAAGCUCAGUUCCACAGUUUGAUAUGAAGUCAGUUUUGAUCCUGGAUUACCUUUGAAAGACCCAGAGGUGAUGAGGAUUCUAGUUUUGCAGCUCUAGAUUAUUCUUUCUUCAUCUGUAAAAUGCAAAUUGUAUUUUCACAUCUAAAUGUUUUUGAGAAAAGGGAACAGGUUGAAGAUGUAUUUACCUUUCCUUUAUUUAUAGCAACCAAGUA